AUGUCGUCACAACACGCCCCUAUCAGAGUCCUCGGGGUCAAUGUGGAAACAAUCCGGUUACUCUUACGAGCAAUCAUCUUUAUCUCCAUCGCAGGAGCUGCCAUACUGAGUCGGUUGUUUUCGGUGAUCCGUUUUGAAAGUAUCAUUCAUGAGUUCGACCCAUGGUUCAAUUUCAGAGCCACCAAGUACUUGGUGAGCCACUCGUUCUACGAGUUCUUGAAUUGGUUCGACGACAGAACCUGGUACCCAUUGGGUAGAGUGACUGGUGGUACUUUGUAUCCCGGAUUGAUGGUGACUUCAGGUGCUAUCUGGCACAUCUUAAGAGACUGGUUGGCCUUGCCUGUGGACAUCAGAAACAUCUGUGUCCUCUUGGCCCCAGCCUUUUCGGGAUUGACUGCUAUUUGCACCUAUUUGCUUACCAAAGAAAUGAAGGAUUCCAAUGCUGGUUUAUUGGCAGCUAUUUUCAUGGGUAUUGCACCAGGUUAUAUCUCCAGAUCGGUGGCUGGAUCUUACGAUAACGAAGCCAUUGCCAUCACCUUGUUGAUGGCCACCUUCUACUUCUGGAUCAAGGCCAUGAAGUUGGGCUCCGUUUUUUACGGAACCUUGACUGCGUUGUUCUACUUCUACAUGGUGUCUGCUUGGGGUGGCUAUGUUUUCAUCACCAACUUGAUUCCAUUGCACGUGUUCGUGUUAAUCUUGAUGGGUCGUUACAAUCACAGAUUGUACACCGCAUACACCACCUGGUACGCCUUGGGAACGUUGGCUUCCAUGCAAAUCCCAUUCGUGGGUUUCUUGCCUAUCCGUUCCAACGACCAUAUGGCCGCUUUGGGGGUGUUUGGCUUGAUUCAAUUGGUGUCUUUUGGUGAUUACGUCAAGUCUAAGGUUCCUCACAAGCAGUUCAACACUUUCUUGGUGGUUUCCUUGUUCUUGGUGACUGUGUUGGGUAUUUCUGGCUUGUUUGGCUUGACUGCCUUGGGCUGGAUCGCCCCUUGGACUGGUCGUUUCUACUCGUUGUGGGACACCAACUAUGCAAAGAUCCACAUUCCAAUCAUUGCUUCCGUCUCCGAACAUCAGCCUACUGCCUGGCCUGCCUUUUUCUUUGACACCAACAUGUUGAUCUGGUUGUUCCCAGCUGGACUCUACUUGUGUUUCCAAGAAUUGAAGGAUGAGCACGUUUUCGUGAUCAUCUACGGUGUCUUGUGUGCCUACUUCGCAGGUGUCAUGGUCAGAUUGAUGUUGACCUUGACCCCUAUUAUCUGUGUUUCCGCUGCCAUUGCCUUAUCCAAGUUGCUUGAUGUUUACUUGAACAUCGUUGACAUCUUCAAGCAAGAGGUAUCCGACAAAUCAAAGAAAAUCAAAUCUCAAACCUUGCCAAUUUUCCAAUUAUUGUCCAAAUUAAUUGUGUUGUUAUCAUUUGCCUUCUACCUCUUCUACUUCGUGUUGCACUGUACUUGGGUCACCUCAAAUGCCUACUCCUCGCCAUCGGUGGUGUUGGCAUCCACCAACCCCGACGGAUCUCAGCUCAUCAUCGAUGACUACAGAGAAGCUUACUACUGGUUGAGAAUGAACACUCCAGAAGAUGCCAAGGUCAUGGCUUGGUGGGAUUAUGGAUACCAAAUUGGUGGUAUGGCCGACCGUACUACUUUGGUCGACAACAACACUUGGAACAACACCCACAUUGCCACGGUUGGUAAGGCCAUGUGCUCCAACGAAGAUGUGGCCUACAAGAUCUUGAGACAACACGACGUUGAUUACGUAUUGGUUGUAUUUGGUGGAUUGUUGGGCUACUCUGGUGAUGAUAUCAACAAGUUCUUGUGGAUGGUGAGAAUUUCUGAAGGUAUAUGGCCAGAUGAGGUCCACGAAAGAGACUACUUCACCGAGAGAGGUGAGUACAAAAUGGACCACGAGGCUUCCAAGACCAUGCAAGAUUCCUUGAUGUACAAGAUGUCUUACUACAGAUUCACCGACUUGUUCAACGGAAGAGACGGUAUUGACAGAGUGAGAGGACAGACCAUCCCAGCUGCCCAAAGCCCUGAAUUGAAUGUUCUUGAAGAAGCAUUCACAUCCCAGAACUGGAUGAUCAGAGUGUACAAGGUCAAGGAUUUGGACAACGUCGGAAGAGACUUGAAGCAAGCCACUGCUUUCGAUAAAGACACACAGAAAACCACCAAGAGAAAGAGAUCGGUCAAAAAGCCUAUCUUGGACUUAAGAGAAUAG